AUGCUCUAUUGGCCGGCGAAAUACCUCACGAUAUGGCUGUUAGUAUGCAUCGUGUGUCUACUGCCUCUCGUGGCAGCGGCUAAAGAUUUUUACCGAGUCCUAGGCGUCAAGCCACAUGCAUCCGAACGCGAGAUCAAGUCCGCCUACAGGAAAAAGGCUCGUCACAUGCAUCCAGACAAGCAUCCAGACAAGGCAGAGGCUUUCAUGGAAGUGUCUGAAGCCUAUCAAGUAUUGUCUGAUCCUGAAUUACGCCGCGUGUACGACUCCCAUGGAGCAGACGCAGCUUUGCAGCAUCAAUCACGCAAAGAAAAUGGCCAUGGCGAUCCUUUCGACCUCUUUCGACAGUUCUUUGGUGGUGGCCCUAGCCGCUCAAAUGACCAGACACCGAAGGGUGCUAGCAAAAUAUACCAAGCCGAAAUCUCGCUAUCCGAUCUGUACCUCGGUCGUUCUUUUACACUUGUCCAUGAACGCCAUGUCGUGUGCCCUUCGUGUUUCGGUUCCGGUGCUCACUCAACUGCAGAUAUUCGUACUUGCACACAGUGCCGUGGCUCUGGCGUCCAAAUACUCCGACAGGAAAUCAUGCCUGGCUUCGUAACAAGCAUGCAAUCGACGUGUCCACACUGCCAAGGCCAAGGUCGCAUGAUCGCUCGCACAUGCAGUCGCUGUCACGGUCAAAAGGUUCUACCGGACACAACAGACAUCGAAGUAGAAGUAGAUGCUGGUGCACGCGAAGGUGCUGAGUAUAUCUUUGAAGGCAUGGCCGACCAGGACCCUGAUAUGGACGCUGGCGACGUUAUCGUCAAGGUCCACACGACCACGUCGCCUGGCGACUUCCGUCGCAUGGGCCAUAAUCUCUAUUAUAUCUACACGAUUUCUCUCCAUGACGCUCUCCUCGGCUUCGAUCACACCCUUUCGCAUUAUGACGGUCACCCAAUUCACAUCAAGCGUGCGAGCGUCACACAACCGGGCCAAGUCAUUCGCAUCCCCAGCGAGGGAUUGCCAAUUCCUUAUGAUGAAAAAGACCUGGCACACGGCAAGGAGCACGGCGACUUGUUUGUCGAAUUCCAGGUCAUUCUUCCUCAGGUCCAUGACCACAAGACCCGGAAAUCGCUGGCGUCUCUUCUCGAGCAGCCAAUUGCACACAAGGAUUUAUGA